UUUCAUUUCAAACAUUCCAAUUUUAAAAUCUAGUGGUGAUUAAAAUUUCAAAAUCCGUGAGAUUUGAAAAUAUUUCCGUGAGUCCGUGAGAUAAUGCCUGAAUUCGUGAGUCACACGCGAAAUCCGUGAAAGUUGGCAGGUCUGGUUGUGGUAUUCAGUACAUAAACAUACCAUGCAAGUACACUUAACUGAUCAGAUUCGGUCUAUCAACGCACAAUGUAACGCUGUAUAUCCAAAAAUCUGUUUCAGAAAAUGCUCACAUUUCAGUUCUAGGGGUGGAAAAGGUCUGGGGGAGAAUACCCCCAGAUCCCCUACUAGUACAUACGAUACCACACCGAGUCACGAAACUUUUUGUCACCAACAACCACCUGUGAUCUCUCCACACUCAAUAUAGUAUGAUCCCUUCUUGUAGAUGCCCACCCCCUAGACAAGUUCUUAAAAAAACCCUGUGUUCAAAUCAUUUCGCUGUUUAAAGACGGGUCAUGGGUUAGGGUUAUGGUAGGACAAAUGUUGCAUUGCAAAGUAGUAACACAUAAUAUACAUUUUUUAAUCAUAUAUGAUUGAAUCAUAUUCAUCAGGGUAAAACAUCAUGAGCAGAUUAAACAAAUUGUCCUAAUAUCUAACUUUACCUGCAACGCACACCUGUUUCAUUGCUGUUAAUUUUUCAAUCCACACUGGGGGGAGGGGGUCAGAAAAUGUCCUGAGUGAAAUCAUGUAAAACACCAACUCUCCAUAAUAAUAUUGUUUUUAUGUUAAUUUGUUGAAAAUUAUUUUUUAUCUCCACUAAACAUGCAUGCGGUUUUUUUGCGUUCGCCGGAGUCGUCGGUCAUAUCUAUACUUAGAUGCUUCCCAGUGUCUUUGCGGGCGUGUAUACUACACAUACACUAGGAAGUGAAUGGGAGCAUUUUAGCGACAAACUUGUGGAAUUCUGAAGAAUUCUUUGACUUUCGAUUCGCUAUAGCUUUAAAGAGUUGUUUCACGGGAAUUUAAAAGUUUAGGAAGAAUUGUAUUGAACAUGGCGGACGAAGAGCGACCCCCAGCGCCACCGAUGAGAUCGACAUCGCAUAAAGAUGCAGCAUCACCGGCAUCAUCCAAACCUCUUCCGAGCACUCCUAGUGAAGGCGAAAAUCUUAGUUUAAAGAAGAAAAAGAAAGCAACGUUUACUUUCUUUCCCAAUAAAGGAGAUGACGACAAGAAAUGUGCGUAAAUUUAAAGAUUUCAUUAAUAAUAUCUGUCUGUUUGACGGCCAUUACCCUUCGUCUGGUUGUUGUGAUAUGAAACGUUCGGUAUUAUUCAUCAAGUACUUUCUUAUUCUGCAUAGAUAACAAGAAAAAGCCUGAAAUAUCUUAUCCUACAUCGUUUGAACACACAAUUCAUGUUGGAUUUGACUCUAUUACAGGCGAAUUUACGGUGAGAUAUAAAUAUGAAAAUAUUGUCUGCCAUUCAUCAGGGCACUCGGUGCGAGCGAAAAUUGUGCUUGCCUUGUUAUCAAAUUAAACCUGUUCUCAUUUACAGUGAUAUGAGCUAAUAUUUUUUUUUAUAUAUCAGCCAAUUAUUUUUACCUAUCUUUGCUAAAGUACUUUCAGUAUCUUACAAAUUCCUGCCAUGUUUUUGUUCCAGA